ACUUGAGGACGUUGCACUUGGAAAUGUAACAGAGAAACGAUUGGCCCUUCUCUCCGGCGGCGCCCGACAUGUUGGAUUAAUGGCGUCUCUUUUACUUGUGCAUUCGAUCUUUUUGGAGUAUUUUGAAUAUCUUGUGAUAUUCUCUGUGCUGUUUUCACAGAUUCUCAGAACGAUUUUUAUUUUAUCGGUGCUUUUUCGUAGUACAAUGUUCACAAAAAUUUUAUAACGUGUACUCCGAUUGUACAUGCAGUGAAUUGGAUUCCUUUGACAGAUGUCUGUCAUCCAAAGGAAUACUUGAUCCUAAGGAGAUCGGGAUUGGGCCAACCCUAAGCAUCUGAAGUACUUCCUGCAAGAUAUACGACAACUAUUGGUGGAUUGUGAAAUUGCACAAUGGCAGAAGAAAGCAGUGAGGUCAAGUCGGCUGGUCCAUCCUCACCACGGAGUCCACAAAGCAGUGGUGCUACCAGCAGUGCAAAGCCCAGCAGUCCACGGUCGCCCAGACAGCCACGCAGGUUGAAGUUAACGGACCAACAAUUGGAUGGGCUGACAAAGGACGAAUUGGCAGCCAAGUGGCGUGAACAGGACUUGUAUGUGGAGUGUCUAGAGGCACAGGCGGCAGCCCAGGAAGGUGAAGUAGCUUCACUGCGAGAAUCUGAGGAUAAGUACAGGCAGCAAUAUGCGGAAGCGUCACAUAGAGAGAAGAUUCUGGUGAGGAGGCUAGCCUCUAAAGAACAGGAAUUGCAAGAAUAUGUUAAUCAGAUAUCUGAAAUGAAAGCCACCCAUGCACCAACUGCUGCAGCGUUGAGAACUGCUCUGUUGGAUCCUGCUGUGAAUAUUCUAAUUCAGAAACUUAGACAAGAAUUGGUUACAACCAAAGCUAAACUCGAAGACACACAGAAUGAGCUUAGCGCCUGGAAAUUCACGCCUGACAGCAACACGGGCAAAAGAUUAAUGGCAAAGUGCAGGUUGCUAUACCAGGAAAAUGAAGAACUGGGCAGAAUGAUUGCAAGCGGUAGAAUUGCUAAGUUAGAGGGUGAACUAGCACUUCAAAAAAGUUUUAGUGAAGAAGUAAAGAAAUCCCAGUCUGAACUCGACGAGUUUCUCCAAGACUUGGACGAGGACGUGGAGGGUAUGCAGAGCACUAUAUAUUUCCUCCAACAGGAAUUGCGUAAAGCGCGUGAAUCAGUGACUUUAUUGCAACAAGAGAACGCAGCGCUUAAAUUGAAUCCUGGUGAGAAUAAUUUGACGAAUGGUAUGUCGCCUCACACGCCGCCGAUCAAGAAAGAGGAACCAGACGAUGGAAUGGAGAUGGAAGUGAAAUCAAUAAAAACAGAAGACAGUGACGUGUGCAAAGGUGCUAGGACUCCACCGUUACCAGCUGAGGGUUCCCCCCGAAGUGAACGUGCAAGUGUUGAAAGGACGGAACGAACAGAGCGUAGGCCUAGCCAACCGGAGCAGAUCGACGAGAGUUCGAGCGAUUCUGCAGCUCUCAUUAUAAAGGUGGAAAACGAAGAGCUAAGUGAGCGAGAAGAGGAGGAUGAGGAAGACAGUCGUAGUAACAAAAGAACAUUGAGGACUAAAAGUAAUAACAGAAAUAGUGGUAAGACAAAUGGGGAAGAGGUGUUAACCAGAACAACCAGGGGAAGGGAUAGGACAAAAAGGGAUAAAAGUGGACCUAGUAGUGACGAGGAAAGAGUACAUAAGAAGAAAAGACGUGAGAGUGUCCUCUCGCUUGAUUAUAAUGAAGCCGACGACGAUGCUUUGGUACUGACCAAUGGCGAAACUCUACAGAGCGAUCCUGAAUGAAUCCAUUUAACGUCUUUCCGAUGAGGUAUCCUUGACUAUACCACGCUAACGGGGACGAUUUGGAUCAUGAAAAGAAAUUUUACUGUCGGACAAAAUUUAGUUUCGUAAUUUGUACUUUUCACUGGGCCGUAUGUAGACUAUUUUUUAAAAGCAUAUCGGAGAGUUUUCCACAAGAGUUUAAAUCCGAUCGACAUUAAACGAUUUACAGGAACAGUUAAGAGGUACGUACGAUAUGGCAGUAUAAUAUAGAAUAUGAUAAGCGGAAAAGAUAAAUACAAUUAUUAUUAUACGCGCGUGGAUCUAAAAAUUUCGUAAUAUGUCAAGCGUACGUUAUGAAAAAUAUAAACUCGAGAUACGGACGUAUAUAUAUUUUUUGUAUUUGAAAGCAGCUGCAAUCACUUUCCUUCUCGUUGGCCAGCGUCGAGUAUUAGAUUGCCUGCUAAAGGAUAGCUUCCAGGCACUAAUCGAAUAUAUAUCCUUUCACCCGUGUAUAAUAUAUAAAUAAUAAUAUAAUUACAUAUAUGUAUGGAACAUUUCUAUAAAGAAAAAAAAUUAACAAAUGCAUAAAAUGUACUCUCCAAAUAAUGUGUAUUAUAAGAACAAAAAAAGCAUUGGGAUUUAUAAUUAGCAAAAGAGUACUUGUAUCCGUGCGUUAAAAAUUCAAAACAGGCAAGAAAUAGAUGGUUUUGAAGCGUGUGUAAUGUGUUAACUAUAUAGUCUUACACACAUCACACUAAGUAAUUUACAUUAGUAUCAUUAUUUUUUGCAGACUAAAAACAAUUGUACAAAGGCGUUUACAUUGCUAUUUUAUAUCAUCCGCAUAUUAAAAUAUAUGUUUGUUUUUAUAUCGUCCCCAUUUUCAGAAAUGUUUUCUUUUAUCAUGAUAGUUUUGCCUAUUGUAAAAUAUAUAUUUUCAAACAUU